CUGACCCUCGCGGUGCCCCGUAGCCGCGCGCUCCGCCCCGCGCCGCGCCGGCACCAAGAUGGCGGCGCUGACGAGCGGGAAGCGGGGCCUCCGCGGCUGAGGCCUGGAGCCUCCUAGGCGGGCGCCCGGGCGCCACCACCCGGGCCUGUCUGCGCCUAGCUCGGUUCCGCCGAGCCGCCGGGACAUGGUGCGCCGUUGCACGCCGCUGCGCCACCGCCGCCGCCGCUGAGCUCUCCCGGGCCGCGCCGGGCCCGGCCGUCGGGCGGGGAAGAUGUUUUCGGCGCUCAAGAAGCUGGUGGGCUCGGAGCAGGCUCCGGGCCGCGACAAGAACAUCCCCGCCGGGCUGCAGUCCAUGAACCAGACCCUGCAGAGGCGCUUCGCCAAGGGGGUGCAGUACAACAUGAAGAUUGUGAUCCGUGGGGACCGGAACACGGGCAAGACAGCGUUGUGGCACCGGCUGCAGGGGAAGGCGUUUGUGGAGGAGUACAUCCCCACACAGGAGAUCCGUGUCACCAGCAUCCACUGGAGCUACAAGACCACCGACGACAUUGUGAAGGUGGAGGUGUGGGACGUGGUGGACAAGGGAAAGAGCAAGAAGCGCAGCGAUGGCCUCAAGAUGGAGAACGACCCCCAGGAGGCGGAGUCCGAGCUGGCCCUGGAUGCCGAGUUCCUGGACGUGUACAAGAACUGCAAUGGGGUGGUGAUGAUGUUCGACAUCACCAAGCAGUGGACCUUCAACUACAUCAUGCGUGAGCUCCCCAAGGUGCCCAACCAUGUGCCUGUGUGCGUGCUGGGCAACUAUCGCGACAUGGGUGCGCAUCGAGUCAUCCUGCCUGACGACGUGCGCCACUUCAUCGACAGCCUGAACAGACCUCCCGGCGCUUCCUACUUUCGCUAUGCUGAGUCCUCCAUGAAGAAUAGCUUUGGCCUCAAGUACCUGCAUAAAUUCUUCAACAUUCCUUUCCUGCAGCUCCAGAGGGAGACACUGCUGCGACAGCUGGAGACCAACCAGCUUGAUGUGGACGCAACGCUGGAGGAGCUGUCGCUUCAGCAGGAGACGGAGGAGCAGAACUAUGACAUCUUCCUGGAAAUGAUGGAGGCACGUGGUCGUGGCGGCCACAUGGCCCCCCUCACGGCCAAUGGGCAGAGCCCAUCUUCUGGCUCCCAGUCCCCAGUGGUGGCCCCAGGCUCCAGCCCCAGCACACCACAGCCCACCCCAGUCAUACCGACUCAGGCACCUGCGGCUGGGCCAUCCCCACCGUCCCCCUUGGAGGCACCCCUAGCCCCCACACGGCGCAGUAUCAUCUCCCGACUGUUCGGGUCCAGCUCUGCAACGACUGAAGUAGCCUCCCUGCCCCCAGCACUAUCCACAGAGCCUGCCCUGGCUGCAGAGCCCCCCAAGGUCCAGAACGUAGAGGACUUCAUCCCUGAAGAUGGCCUUGACCGCCACUUCCUGGAAGACACAGGCCCCCCAAAGGACAAGCUGCCAGUAGCUGCAUCCCCUGCUGCACAGGAUAGUGACAGCAGUGAUGAGGCGGUCCCAGGAGGGAACCCCAUGGUGGCAGGUUUCCAGGAUGAUGUAGACCUGGAGGACCAGCCACCUGAUGAGGAGCAACAGCCCCCACGCCCUGCAGCUGCAACUUCGGUCCCUCAGAGGAGCUCUGAGCCAGAGGCCAAACGGGUCUCUGCAAAGGCCUCCAAGCCCCCCAGGAGCAUGCCCCUCCCCAGCAGGGGCACAUCAUUAGGUCGCGGGGAGGGCCCAGAGGAGCCAGCCAUGUCAUCUGAGAGCGACCCUGAGGGACCUAUUGCAGCUCAGAUGUUGUCCUUUGUCAUGGAUGACCCCGAUUUUGAGAGCGACGCAGAGGCCCGCCAGAGUGUGGGCGAGUUUCCAGUGCGAGAGGACCCUUCGGAUAUGUCUGAUGAGGAACACCGUGAAGACAGUGGCCUGGCUCAGCCCCCACCCAAGUCCCCCGCAUUCCGGCUGCAGAACAGCUCAGAUCUCUUUGGGCUGGGGCUGGAGGCAUCGGGCCGCAAGGAGAGCAGUGAGGAAGAUAAGGAGGGCCAUGCCCCUGCCAAGGAUGAGAAGAGGAGAAGGAAGAAGAAGGACAAAGAGGAGGAAGACAAGACUACCAAGAAGAAGAGCAAGCACAAGAAGGGCAAGGACAAGGACAAAGACAAGGACAAGGACGAGCGGAAACGAAGACGGCCACGGGCCCCAGAGAAGACGGCGCUGGACGAACUGGAGGCUUUUCUGGGUGGCGGAUCAGCGGGCAGCCAGCCCCACGGCGGUGGCGACUAUGAGGAGCUCUAGCGUCAGUGGCAGGGCUCUGCGGGCAGCUAGCCCCAGUGCUUCUCAGGGAUGGGACUGCGGCCGUGGAGGCCUGAGGCAGUUUACAGGGGUCGGGCCAGGGCCGGGCAAUGAGACCCUUCUCCUGGAAGAAGUCUGCCGGGCACCCAGGCACCUGUGCCCAGAGGGGUAGCCAGGGGCUCAGCUCGUGUCUUGCGUACUCUGACACUCCACCCCAUAAAGUUCUCCUGUUUUAAUGCUA